CCUACAAAAAAGAAAGAAAACGCAUGCGCAAUGCUUACACAGUCAAAUUCGUCAUUCAUCGUUAGCUUCGGCCGACAUAAUUGUCUUUAACUUGAUUUUCUGAUUUUGCAGAAGUAUUGCAAUAUUUAAUUAAAGAUGCCUAACCAAGUGUUAAUUAUAGAGCCGCAAAAUGAACUGAAGUUUAAAAGCUUCUUUGAUAUGGGAUGCACUACUUAUAUGAAACUGACGAAUCCAACUGAUCAUACCGUGUUGUUUAAAAUUAAGACAACAGCACCCAAGAAGUAUUGUGUGAGACCCAAUUCAGGGUUUUUGGAUCCAAAAUCUAAAGUUGAUAUAGCUAUUACCCCUCAACCUGUAAAUGUUGAGUCCAAUGAGAAAAAUAAACACAAGUUUAUGGUGCAAAGUGUUAUUGCUCCAGAGGGGAAAAUUAACAUAGAUCAAGUGUGGAAGGAAAUAAAUCCUAAACAGCUCAUGGAUUAUAAAUUAAAGUGUGUCUUUGAAACGCCACAAGUGAAAAGCGCUAAUGAUUCCGGUGACAACGCAGCGGCGAACGAAGUCACCAAGAAGAGGGUGGCUGUGGCCGACGAGUCAAAACCAGCUGUGAAGGACUCUGACGGUGUCCAGAGCGAAUCGAACAGACGGGAUCCGGACGCGGCGGUGAACCAGUCGACGGAUGUUUUACAAAAAUCUGAAAAUCUCGAAAGCGAUUUGCAAAAGGCGACGAAUGAAGUCAUUCAUUUGAGGGAGGAGGAAAGUAUUUUAAGACACGAAAAUCUCCGAUUAAAAGAGGAGUUGUUGCGUUUGCACCAGGGCGGUGCCGGUGAGGGCCGUCCCGCGCGCGGCCACUCGUACGGCCCGGAGAAGACGGAACACGCGGCGCUCAUGGCAUGGGUGGCCACCGCCAUAGCCAUGGCAUUACUCGGCAUCAUCAUCGGCAAGUUCAUCAUGUGAACACCACUGUAACCUCACACAAGGCAGCUUAUAGUUCUCAUACUAGCGAGUGACAUGUAGGACUGGUUUAAAUAACCCACAAACCCACUGACUCCCAACCCCCGAACCCUCGAACCCCCACCCCGUCUGCUUGUUUGGUCCACGGAUUGUUUUGUAUCUCGUUUGUAUUCUUCCGACUUGUACUCUGCCUUUGUAUCUAGUUGAUGGAUUGUUUCAGCAUUUUGUUAUAUUUUUUAUUUUUUACAUGAUAAUGAUUAAGAUUAUUUGUUUUUUUUGAUUUGAUUAUUAUUAUUAUUAUUACAUUAAAUUUCUAUGUAACGUAUAUAUGGUGGUUUGCGAAAUUUUGCAAGUGACGAUUUCACACUUUAAUAUUUCUAUAUAAACAUACAUGUAUUGUUUAAUGUAAACGUGUUUGUAAUCUUAUAUUUGUGAAAUUAUUAAUAUUUAAUAAUCAACGUAUAAUAAAGAUGAUAGUUUGCAAAAUUUUGCAAAAAUGUCACAGUAUAACAUAAAUGAUGUAUUUAUGUAUUUCGAAACUGAUAACAUCUCUAUAUGAUGUAAAGUUGUAAAUUUUUCAUAUAAUUAAGAUUCCACAUGUAAACUUGUAAACAUAUUGUUUCUAUAAUAGUAUCAUGCCGAUGUCGCAAUCGUUUGAGAUCAUAUUAGAGGGCUGUGUGGGUGGAUAACAUAUAUGUAUGCGCUUGCUAAAUAGUACACUUGUGUUACGAUAGAUAUAUUAAAUUGAGUCGAGUAGAAUUCAAAUGGUAGCCUAAACAAACUCGAUUUAACACUAGCAUCCGUUGUGAUUUGUAUGAAAGAAACAUUAUUCAUAAUGAAUAAAGUAUUUGUGAGUAUUAUAACGUCGAGCCGGUUGUAGCGGCCAUUGAGAGCUUCCAUGUCCAAGUGAUGUUUUUAUUUCUGAUAAUUUCUUAAACGAGUGCGACGUGUUUUGUCAUCAGGCCUCUGGGAGAACCGGGUUUUUAUAUAAAACAUACUCUAACUUUAUGGAUAAAAUUUAAUAUAACAUAUGAACAUUACAAUUUAUUUAAUAAAAAAAAAAUAUAUCUAGUAUUUAUUUUUUUAUAUAUGUAUAUAUCUGUAUGUAUGCAUGUUAACAAUUGUGAUUAUUUUUCUAUAUCUACAUUCAAACGUAACAUGUUGAUUGUCAGCUGUGAAUUCCAAUCAAUUUACCCAAGUGACAGUUCAAGUAGCUCACAGGACCCGGUCUAUGGAGGUCAAACAAAAAUAUUGUAAUAUUUAUAAAACCUAAACAACCACAAUUUAUAGUUAAAUUCUAUACGAGUGUCAUGAUAUCUGAUGAAAUUGAAAUCUACCGGCUAAAUUUAAUAUGACAACUUUGUUAAGGCAUAAUAUUUAUAAUAUACGUUAAUAAUGUUGGUGUUGAAGCGCUCGGUUCGUUGAAGCUUUGCGAUUGGUACAUCAAUUUAUCAAAUAUAAAUUAAAUAAAAUUAUUAUGUUUUUGAAUCUUCAUCUUUCGUCUCCGCAACCUUUUGUUUUGUUUUUCUAUAUAUAUGUAUAUUUUUUUUUUCUUUCUACUCUAUGAAAAUAUCUCGUCUGUCUUACGAACCGAUCGUCAUGCGAUCUUGUGUAAUGUGUACCAGAAUUAUUGAUAUAUAAGUUUUAUAGAAAAAAAAAAUUAAUGUGAACGGCGGUUUACACAUGCCUGAAUGAAUUUCUUUAAUGAAUAUUAAAGGCUCGUCCGAAUUGAAUUCACUUGUCAAACCGAGUACAAUAAAAUAUAUAGUACAAUAAACGUUUUGGACUCCCCGUAUAUACUUUUUGUUAUUAUUUUUUUUGAUAUAGCAACACUGAGUGAUGUAAGGUUAAAGUAACACCGUCACUAUGUUAUUAAGUAGACAUUUUCCAGUUACCAUAGAAAUAACAUCACGGCUUGACAUGUCUAUAAUCUGAUUUUAAUAUUAAAAAAAUUUAUUAAUUAAUAUCCAUUACAUAAUUAUUAAGGAUCACAUGUAUUUUGUAAGACGUGAUAUAAGCUUUGUAUUGUGAAUUUGAUUAGUGUCACAUGCUAGAAGCCAUGAGUAAUUAUCGCCUUAUUUUGAGGAAAUUUAUAGAUGGCCGGUAAAAUUUAUUAUUGGAUUUAUAACUAAUUAAUAUUCGUUUAUUCUGGGUUAUGUGUUACACGCUAUUUUUUUAUUUAUUUAUUUUUAUUUAUUUAUUUUUAUUUAAAAUUUCCUUCUUGCGAUAACAAUGCACGAAUUGACUACCUUCGUUUUAUGAGACGAAUUCUCUCUAUGUAACAAGUAAUGAAUUGUUUAGGAAAGCUGCCUUAUAUUAUUGGUGAGAAAUUUCCAUAGCAAAAAGUUAUUUAACCGAAUAUAUAUUAUUUUAUUUGCACAGCCACCAAUACUAUAUAUAUGUGUACUCAUACUAUAAUUCUAUUUUAGUUCAAUGAUAUACUUAUUGUAUAUUAACACGUUUUAGAUAAUUUACACGUCGAGUUGAUUUGAUUGAAUAUUAUUACUUGGCAUCCAUUAUGCUUAGUCCAAGUUCGCACAGUCACUACGUACGAAACGUUUCCCGUUUCUCAUUUUAACACCCACAUUAAUACUCUACUCCGUGCGAACGUGGAGUAAGCAUGAAUAUGUGUUGUACGAUUCCACGUUAUAUCUUUAGCAUACUAUGGAAUGAAUGCGUCGUGAAGUUUACGGGAAGGGAUUUUUUUUUAUAUAAUCCAAUGAAACCAUUAUUUAUGUUAAUUGUUUAUAAUUUAUAAUUAUUCGAACAGAUAGUUUAUAUAUUAUUUUCCUCACCCACUCUGAUAUUGAUGGAUCUGACCUCGUAAUAUUGGCACUCAUAUACUUUAUACGGUUUUGUUUUCAGUAUAUACUUACCCCUGGCCACAUUUGCCAUGUAAUGUAUACAGUAUAACAGGUCUCGUGGCAUUGCUGUCAAUAUGACAGUCACUUAAUUCCGCUGUAUGUUUUUUUAAAUAUAGAAUAGUUAUAAAAAAAAAAAAUAGCAGCCAGUGAGAAAAUUGCUUUUAAAAUACACUGUAGUACUAUAAGCGCCUCUUGUUGUGGUGUUAAUAUUAUUUAAUUUGGUGGUGUCGAACGAUCUGUCAUACUGGAAAUGAUGUGUUUGAUAAAUACCAUUUCUUUGUUGUUAUAUUAAUCUUUUAUGCUAUAUUGUAUCGUUUUUCGAAAUAAAUUACUUAAUUUAUUUGGAAUUUUGUCAGUGCUUAAUAAGUAUAACACCUAAACCUUAAAAUUUUAUUCGUGUAUAGAAGAAUAAUGAAUUUUUUUCAAAUGUUCUAAUGAUAUAUAUAAAUUGAUUUAUAGCAUAUUCAAAUAUGGUCUUCAUACUUUGUGAUGGUGAGUCUUAUCAGAUUGUACGGUGAUGUGUAGUGUACGAUUAUUUUUUUUUAUUUUAAAGGUUUUAUGUAGUGAA